GACUUCGAGGCCGAGGUCAAGAGCCGCGCGGAGGAGCUGAAGGCCCUCGCGGAGGCGAAAAAGGCCCUCACGGAGAACACCGGAGCGGCGGACGGGCUCGCCUACGGCCUGGGCCAGGUGUCCCUCCUCCAGCAGCUCCGCACGGGCGCAGACCUGGCCCACUUCGAGGCGGUGCGCUACGUCCGCGACCUCGCCCGCAAGCAGAACUCCAAGGCCCUGGCGCAGCUCGCCUCGCGCAUGGCCUCUGCGAUGCGCAUGAGCUCCGGGAGCGGCGAGGAUCCGUUUGCGAAGGUGAAGGGCUUGAUCCAGGACAUGAUCGAGAAGCUGGAGUCCGAGGCCGGCGCCGACGCGAAGCACAAGGCCUACUGCGACAAGGAGAUCGCGUACGCG